ACGUACAACAUCACGGUGACGUACAACGUCAGGAACGUCAUCGUUUUAGACGUCAGAGUCAUAGUUACCUGAAAAGCGUGAAAACAGUCAGGAGGAAUUUUGAUAAAUUAAUUAAAAUGGAAACAAGAGAUCAGUGGUACAAGCCAAAUUUAUUAUACAACAUCCAUUACAGACCACCUAAAAACCCAGAACCACUUGAAAAGUCGGAUCAACCCAAAAGACCAAGUCAACCCAAGAUGGUUGUAGAUACAAUCCGUUUCAAUCCUAGCAUUUGUACAUGCGGAGAACAUGGAUGCCAGCCCCACUACAGGAUGGAGAGGAGAGUUCAAUGGAUAAAUGAAGAAGUUAACACUGGCUCAGAAGAACAGAAUGGCGUAGAAAAAAAGAAUGAAAGCGAAGGUAAAUGCGAUGACAAAAAUUGUGGUAACGAAGGCGAUGGUAUAUGUAAUGGCAGAGCUGAUGAUGACGAAGGCGACGGCAGAUAUAAUGUCAGAGUUAAUGGUGACGAAGGCGACGGUAGAUGUGACGGCAAAGUUGGUGGUAACAAAGGCGAUGGUAGAUAUGACGGCCGAGUUGAUGAUGAUGGAGGCGAUGGUAGAGUUGAUGGCAAAUGUGAUGGUGACGAAGGCGAUGGUAGAUGUGAUGGUAGAGUGGAUGGUGACGAAGGUGAUGGUAAAAGUGAUGAUGAUAGAUUUUACGGCAGAGUUGGUGGUAAAGAAGGCGAUGGCAGAUAUAACGGCAGAGUUGAUGAUGACGGAGGUGAUGGUAGAGUUGAUGAUCACGGUGACGAAGACGAUGGUAAAAGUGAUGGCAGAGUUUAUGGUGACGAGGGCGAUGGUAGAUAUGACGGCCGAGUUGAUGAUGAUCGAGGCGAUGGUAGAGUUGAUGGCAAAUGUGAUGGUGUCGAAGGCGAUGGUAAAUGUGAUGGUAGAGUGGAUGGUGACGAAGGCGAUAGAAAAUAUGGUGGCAGAGUUGAUGGUGACGAAGGCGAUGGUAAAAGUGAUGGUAGAGUGGAUGGUGACGACGAUGAUGGUAGAUGUGGCGGCAGAUUUGGUGGUAAAGAAUGCGAUGGUAGAUAUGACGGCAGAGUUGGUGAUGACGGAGGCGAUGGUAGAGCUGAUGACAAAGUUGAUGGUGACGAAAGCGAUGGUAAAUGUGAUGGUAAGGCUGAUAAUGACGAAAAUUAUGGUAAAAGUGAUAGUAAAGCGGAUGGUGACAAAGGCGAUGGUAUAUGUGAUGGCAGAGUCGAUGGUUACGACAACGACCGUAGAUGUGAUGGCAAAGUUGAUAAGAACAAAAGCAAAGGAAGAUGUGAUUGCAGAGUUAAUAGCGGUGAUUGCGAUAGUAGGAUUGAUGUUGACGAUCAUGAUAGAUUUGGUGGAUACGUUGGUGGACGAGAAGACGUAUGCAGCUACGAUGGCGGACUUCAUGCUGGUGAAGCUGAUGGCAGAUCUGUUGACAUGGGUGAUUCUGAAAGCUGUGACGAUAAUAACGGUGCAAGGUCCGAUAUCCAUAUGUCUGGUACCAAUAUUCUUUGGAAAGAAGAUACAGAAGAAAUCGCACCAGCGUUCGGAAUAAUGUCUAUCUAUUGCAACAGUGAACUACAAAGUUGGGGAAGAGAUCAAGGCGAGGCUGACUGGGGAUAAGAGUUUGUAUUCAGCCAGCUUUGUGAUUUUUUUUUUAUCUUUUGCAAUAAAAUCAAAUUUUAUCCUUCAA